AUGAAUAAUUCUCAAUUCAUCAGAAAUAUGUUGGAUUCAAGCAGUAGAUCAGUUUCACCAAUAUCACAUUCUGAACACUCAUUGGACUUUGCACAGCCAAGUACAAGUACACAAAUAUUAAACGAAACCAUGGUUGACAAUUCAUCUGAAGAUAUUUCAUUUGCAUCUACUACUGUAUCGUCUAUUGGUUCACCUUCAAUCGAAGCUCAGUCUUCUGGAUUGAAUUAUUCGAAAAGUUCUAUAAAACGUAAGUUGUUGAGUGGCAGUGAUGAAUUUAUUCUUGUUCCACAUAGUGGCAAAAGUGCAGUUUGGAAAAAUUUUAAAAUGGUUAUGCAUAAUAGUUCUUAUUCUGAAGAUCCAGAUUCUCCUGAUCAUAAUAACACUGAUUUUGUUGCUUGCCCUUUGUGUAAGGAGCUUUAUGCUAAAAAAUCUAGUACAGCUACUCUCCGACGACAUAAAUGUACGAAAAAUACAUUUCAGAAUCCCAUUGAAGUGUAUGGAAAAUUGAUUAACAACAAAUGCAAAAUUCUGCCAGCACGAGUAAAAGAUGAAGCAAUCCAGAAAUGUGUCAAGUAUUGUAGUUUAGAUUUACGACCUAUGUUGGCAAUCAAAGGUAAAGGUUUUCUUGAAAUCGCCCAAUUUUUUUUGGACGUUGGUGCUAAAUAUGGCGUUUCAAAUAUAAAUGAUAUUAUACCACAUCCGACUACUGUUUCAAGGCAUAUUAUAAAAACAACAACUGAUGUAAGGAAACAGUUAUUUUCUGAAAUCUACAGUCUGAUAAAAAAUAAUUAUUGUAGUUCAACUUGCGACAUGUGGACAGACAAUUACAAAAAAAAUAAUUAUAUGUCUAUAACACUACAUUAUAUAGAUCAAAAUUGGGUUUUAAAUAAUCGUCUUCUGUACACAGGCCAAUAUCCAUCACAAGAUUCCAAAACUGGCGAAAAUAUAAAAAAAUUUAUGAGUAAUUUUUUUACCCAGUUAUCAGAAGAUGCCGACGAAAAUGAUGGUUCGGAUUUAAUGCAGUACAUAACUUUUGUCACUGAUCAGGGAUCGAAUAUGAUCAGUGCUCUUAGAAAUUAUAAUCGUUUAAAUUGUUGUGCACACUUGAUAAAUACAGUUUUAAGAAAUGUUUUUGAUUUGAAGUUUUUGCAACAAGAAAAUAACAAUGGAUCAAAGCCCUUGGAGCCAAUAACAAACUUAAUGACUGAGUGCAAAACUCUUGUUAAAUUCAUGAAAAGUUCAGGAAAGAACAGUGAAUUAUCCAUGGUUUUGGUUCAAGAGGUUGAAACAAGAUGGAAUACACGUUUACUUAUGUUACAGUCCGUCUAUAAAUCUUUACCUGAAAUAAUACAAAUUCAUGGUGAAUAUUUUGGUCGUAUUCAAAAUAUAAAUACCGAACUUCUAAAAAGUCUCAUUGAAUUUUUGAAGUUAUUUAAAAAUGCUUCUGAUGAACUCGAAGGGGACAAAAAUCCAACUAUACAGAAAGUGGUGUUAUAUAAAUGUCUAAUUGAAAAUCAUUUAUUAAAAUAUACCAACAUUGAAAAUAAUCUUUCAAAUGAUGAUGUUGAAGUAAAUAUUGAUUAUAUAAUGCAUAAAUUAGGAGAAAAGGCAUUGGAGAUUUUAAACUUAAAAUUCAAACUGAGCGAGGAACAUGAAAUCGCUGUAUUUCUUUGGCCCAAAUUCAAAAUGCUGAAAAUGUUUUCCCAAGACUCUGGUGACCGUUCUCGGAUAAUAAAUAAUAUUGAAAAAAAGCUUUUAGAGAUGGAAACUAGAGACCAAGAAUUAAAUAUCAAUACCAUUAUACCAAGUAACUUUGAUGACUCAAACAGACCAUCAUCAUCAUCCAUGUUUUCCGAAUGGGAAGACAGUCUAAGAGAUCAUGAUCUUCCACAGUACAAGUUUAAAAAAGAGUUGGAAGAUUAUAGAGAAGAAAUUUUUGAUGUUGGUGAUGAUCACAUUUUAGAUUUCUGGUCAAAAAAAAUGUCAAGAUAUCCAUAUUUAUCAAAACUGGCAAGACAGAUACUAGCUACACCAGCUUCUAGUGCAAGUAGUGAAAGAUCUUUCAGUAUAGCUGGUAGAGUGAUUGAAGAGCGUAGAAGUUGUCUGGACGGAUCAACAGUUGAUGCCAUAUUGUUUUUGAACAGUUUUUACUCUCAAAAUUAA